AUGAGUCGUCAGAUUGAGCAGGCUUUGCUUUCAUUGAUGCCAACAUAUGGCUCCGAUUUACCACCAUCACUUGUAGAGCUUGCAGGUUCUUUGCUUGCUCAGUCUCGACAUCGAGCGAGCGCUCUCAAGACGGAAGAGGAGAUUGCAAGAUUAUAUGCUUGCGCAAACAUUGCUUGCGAUCGUUUAAAAAUUACCCUUGACCUUCCACCUAUCGAGCCUCGACCACCGAUCCCACCCCGUAUUUACGACCGUCUCUACGCUCAUCUUGACAACAUUCUGCCAAAUAGCGCUUCGACCCCUGGCCGAGCCGCUGCGGGAAGGAGAACACCAAGUUCAAGGUUUCGCAAUGCUGGCGAUUCACCUGCUGAUGGGUCACGACCACUACCAUCAAGAGGAACACCUACGAAAGAACAAAGCCUCGCACAGUUCAGAACGCCUUCAAAGGGGGCAAGUGGAACUUCGACAAAAUCCACAAGCAAGACACAAACCUUUAGGGGUGUCAAUCUUCAUGGAUGGAUUCAGCCAGUGACAAGAUGGGUAUGCGAAGAAACGAGCCACAAGAAACUCGCCCCUACGAUUCUUGCUGGUCUGGAAACUAUAGUUACACCAGAAGGUCGUAGAACAGAAGAUGAAUGGGUGCUGCAGAAUGUCACAGCCUUGUUCGCCGCAAUCUACUUCUUCGUAACCAUGCGCGUCAAGGCUCUUGCAUCAGGAGAAGGUAUUGACCGAGAAGGAUAUGUACCUCUAAGAAAGGAGAUCCUUACUUUACUCACCAAAGCACGGCGGGAGGUCGACGUUAAGGGGUUAUCAGAGGAGGAUGCUUGGGAAGAUUGGACAAAUAUCAAGUCGAAGGACUUUGAUGAUGCAGUUGCCAAAGUCAACGAGCGAUCAUGGCUCACUGGCGAUUGGUAUCAAGGGAUUGCAGACGUCGUCAAGCUGACCCAAAGAGGCCACCUUGAGGAUGUUGCGAUGCUCGACGAAGAGACUAUGCCAAAGAUGCAAGUCAAAAAGGCAGACACCAUGUUUCAGGACAAAUACGACUUUCUCAGCGAUGCCAAACGAACGGAAUACAUGCGCUGGGAGAAGGAUAUUUACGCCAAAAUUGCUUUAUCAACAACGGGCGCUGCUAUGGAAGUAGAUACACAAUGA